CUUUAGAAACAACCUAUGGGAGCUUACGUGUACUAAACAUUGAAAGGAAUGGAAACAUUAUUUAUACCUAUAAGGAUAAUAAGGGAAAUGCUGUCUUUGGAUUAUAUGACUGCCAAACCAGACAGAAUGAGCAUCUGUAUACCUUUGAGAAGAACAUGCAAGCUGUCAGUUGCUCUGUCAACAUCGAGAGAACAGUGCUUGCUGCAAGCUUCAUUCAGUACACGAAAGAAGGAGUAAGGAACGAGCUUCAGACAGGAUCGAAGUGCCUGACUUUGCUGGUUGAAAUCCACCCUGUCAACAAUGUGCAGGUUCUGAAAGCAGUGGAUAGCUGUAUUUGGGUACAGUUUCUCUACCCACAAGCUGAAAGUCAUCUUCUUCCACAGAACCACCUGCUACUGAUUUCAGAAGAGAAAUAUAUUGAGCGGUUUUGUAUCCAGAUCACCAGAGAAGAUGGAGACAGAGUGGUGAUUACAAAUUCUAGCCAUCUCCCAAGAGACAGAAUAGCUGAAGACUUUGUUUGGGCUCAGUGGGAUAUGUCAGAGCAGAGACUAUACUACAUUGAACUAAAGACAUCAAGGAGUAUCUUGAAAUGCAUCCAGUUUUGGGCAGAUGAAAGUUUUAACUUAAUGUUUGAAAUGCCCUUGGACAUAUCAUUAAGUGGCUUGAGAUUUAAACUCGUCAACUUUGGAUAUGAUUAUCGUCAAGACCAAGAGAAGCUAUACAAUCAGCCUUCUCUCUGCAUUUUUACCAACCACACAGGGAGUUUGUGUGUGUGUUACAGCCCAAAGUCUGACUCUCGGAAAGAAAUCACGUAUUCGGUCUUUUACCUCCAUAAAGGAUACAGAAAGACCUUCACUGCAGCUCCUCGAAGUGCUGACUCACAGGUCACAAAUGGCAUCACUUUUCUCAACCUUGGCUACUUUGUGGCUGUUUACUCCCCUGGCCAUUUCCUUCAUUUUCUUAAUAUUCAGCAUCCAGACUUGAUCUGCCACAGUCUGUUUCUGACAGGAAACAACAAAAUGGCUGCUGUGCUACCUUCAAGUCCUUUGCAGUCCCUGCCAGGGUCCCUGAUUCUGGACUGCUAUUCUGGAAAGGUCUACAGAGCAACUCUUGAUCAGUCAUACUUGAUGAGGUUCCUAUGGAAUGCCCGUCUAGACUGUGAGAAAAUGGCCGCACUGCACUGUGUGCUGUCCUGUGGUCGAGACCCAGGUUUCCCAGAAGAACAGGUUAUUCAGUGGAUUUCUGAGCGUGUUUCUGCCUGCCAUUCAUUUGACCUCAUUCAAGAAUUUCUAAUUGCUUCUUCCUAUUGGAGUGUGUAUGCAGAGCUGGAUGACGUGGACAUGCUCUUACCUUACUCCUCUGUGCUGACUUGGAAUGCAGAAAUUCCUGGAAUCAAGCUUGUGACAGAGGAGCUCCCAUUGCCACUAAUGAUGGUCUACAGCUUGAAGGGAUACUGGGCAAAGCUGAACUCUAACCUGGAGUAUAUUAAGUAUACAAAGCCUCGCUUGCACUAUCACAACAGUGUUGUAAGGAGAGAAUGGCAUAACCUGAUCUCUGAAGAGAGAGUGGGCAAAAGAAGGUCCACAAUGUAUGUGAGGAACAUUCUUGACAACGCAAUGAAGGUGAUUUCUAACAUGGAAAGGAGGACACUGGAGCCAAGAUUAAUACCCCUCUUACAAGAGGAAGACAGGCACCAGAGGCUGCUCAUGGGCCUGAUGGUGUCUGAGCUAAGAGACCAUCUAUUGAGACAUCUACAGGGUGUAGAAAAGAAGAAAAUUGAACAGAUGGUUCUAGACUACAUUUCAAAACUGCUGGAUCUCAUUUGGUGCUUGCUGGAAACCAGUUGGAGGAAACACAGUGUGCACCCUUGGAUUCUCCACCUCAAAAACCAUGGCAGUGCUGCAGAUUUUGAAAUAUUUCAUCUCAUGACCAGGAUUUUGGAUGCUGCUAGCAGUUUGUGUUUCCCUCUGCCUCCUGGUUUCCACUCUCUGCACACAAUCCUCGGGGUUCACUGUCUCCCUCUGUACAACCUAUUGCACUACAUUGAUAACGGUGUGCUGCUGCUCACUGAGACCACGGUCAUGAGGCUUAUGAAAGAUCUGGACAAUUCAGAGAAAAAUGAAAAACUGAAAUUCAGCAUCAUUGUACGGCUCCCUCCGCAUAUUGGACAGAAGGUCUGCCGGCUUUGGGACCAUCCCAUGAGUUCCAACAUCAUUUCACGGAACCAUGUGGCCCGGCUGCUGAAGAACUACAAGAAAGAGCCUCGGAACUCCAUGAUUGACAAGUCAUCGUUUCCAGUAGAAUUUCUACCUCUGAACUACUUCAUUGAAAUUCUCAUGGGCCUGGAGUCUUCCAACCAAGGGAUGGUGUUACAGAGAAGCACCGCCAAGAGAGAGAGAGAGCAUUGGAGCAGAAGAGACUUAGCAGAGGCCCUUGGAGCAUGGACACUCGAGGAAGGAUGCGUUUCAGGUGGAUGAUACAUGGGAGUACUUGAGAUCAGUGCUUUUCAACAUUGAGUCCAUUCCAAAUCAUUAACAACCACGUAUGAAAUCAUGAGAACAGUAGGCAUGCUCAUCUAUACUUCUACCUCAUGGCCAUUCAGCCAAAUUCAAACUCUGCUUUUAGCUCCUGUGACAAACACACUUUGUAACUGUCAUAUCCUUCCUCCUUCCUGAAUUCAUAGGAAGACAGCAUUUUAUAGUUUCCCUUGCAUUUGGACUGGGGACAAUGGAAGGUGAUUGUCACCUGUCUUCUCAGCCACACUCAAUGGAAAUCAUUUGGCAAGCACACAGGAUGGGAGCUGUUCAACCUUCACUGGACUAUGUCAGAAUGCAGAAACACAUUCCCCCACCCCCCUCUUUUAAGAUAGGGCCACUCCCAAUCAAAGAGCAUACACGGGCUGGUCCAAAGCCCCUGGCACAUAUGUAGCAGAGGGCUGCCUUGUCUGGCCUCAGUGGGAGAGGAUGCACCUAAUCCUGUAGAGACUUGAUGACUCUGGGUAGGGAGGGCACCCCCUCAGAGGUGAAGAGGAGGGGGGUGAGGGGAAGAACUCUACAAGUGAAGACCAUGA